GUUCAUAAGUUCUCUGCAAUGCACUAGGGCUUGUUUGACACAGAUUUGGCUGCACACAGGUGCACACAACUCAGUCCCAGAACAUGUCUGUAAAGGAGGACCUCUUGCGAGACAUGCAGAAGUGUUUUAACCUUAUAAAGGCUGAAGAGAAUACAAGAGAAUCAUUCAUUCAAAGAGAACGUGAUGACAGUAUUGAUAUCCGUUGCACUGAGUUUCCCGAUUCCCAAGAGGAGAUCCGUAAGAUUGUCAGAGCAGGCUGGCUGGAAAAAACUCCUCCAAAAGGAGGGAAGAUUUACAAGCGGCGAUGGGUGCAGCUGGAUUCAGAAUAUUUGAGAUAUUUUCAAAACACAAAGGAGAUGUACUCUAAAAGGAUGGUGUCUCUGGAAUGUGUGGAUAAGGUGGUCAGUGUUGGAGAUUUGCGCUUUGAGCUUCACAGUCAGAGCCGAACUUUUCUGUUCCGAGCGGACAACACUCAGGAAAGAAAUGACUGGGUGUGUUGUCUUGAAAAGGUUCUGAGUGAUCGCAGACAUAGUCUGGGACCCAGAAAUCUGUUCUUUAAGCAUGGAACUGUGUGUAUUAGUUUUGAGGGCUACAUGGAGAUGAUGUCACCACGCACCAUAGUCUACGCACUUAUCGGCAGGGACAGGCUGUACCUCUUCAGGAACCGUGAGGAAUAUUUGCUGGGUGUAGGCAUCACUGACAUAGACAUGCGAACGGCCAGUGUGAAAGAUAGAGAAAACAAGCGAUCUUUCACACUUACCACCCCGUAUAGAACAUUCAGUUUUUUGGUAAAUUCAGAGAGUGAGAAGACGGUGUGGAGUGAGUCUCUUAAUGAGUGCGUAAGUCGGUCUCUGUCAUGUGAUGGAGUUUGUGAGAGUGUGUGGCGUGUGGCAGCAAACCGUAUUUGUGCAGACUGCAGGGCCCCAAAGCCUGAGUGGGCUUCAAUCAACCUCUGUGUUCUUUUGUGUGAAAAAUGUGCAGGUGUGCACAGAAGUUUGGGUCAGAGCGUGUCAAAGGUUCGCAGUCUGAAGCUGGAUGAGCGAGUGUGGACGGAAGACCUCAUCAGGGUUUUCUUGCUCCUGGGCAACGCUAAAGCAAAUCAGUUCUGGGGAGCAAAUGUUCCCCCUAGUGAGAAUCUUUGUAUGAACGCAAGCAACGAAGAGCGUCUCCAACACAUCAACGCAAAAUACCAGCAUGGAAAAUAUCGCAAAUACCACACACUCUUUGGCCAGCAGGAGGCGCUAAACAAAGCUCUGUGUUCAGCAGUGCAGUCAGCUGAUUUGUUGGAGACUCUCUCACUGCUGCACUGUGGGGCAGAUGUCAAUUGCCAAACUGGUGUCCCAGAAUUUCCUACUCCACUGACUCUAGCCAAACACAGUGGUCAAACAACACAAGUGGAGCUACUUAUGCAGAACCUGAAAACAGUGUCUUCUGGGUCUGUGGUUAAAGAUGUAUUUAUUCAAUCUCAAUGUGGCUACCUUUUUAAGACUGCAUCAUCAGCUCGGCCAAUCACAGACCACAAAAGCAAAGCAGAUUUUUCUCAGCGUUGGUGUUCUGUUGGUGACGGUGUGUUUAGCUACUAUAAGAAUGAACAGAGCAACACCAGGUGUGGUGGCAUGAAGACCAGUGAAAUCAUCUGCUUGGCUGUCAACAGUCCAGGGAAACAUGGCUAUGAGCACACCUUUGAGCUGUACUCUGAGGAGGGGCGAGUCUACCUGUUUGGAGCAGAUGACGUCAGCAUUGUCAGGAACUGGAUCAGGGCUUUUGCCAUGGCUGUACUGCCUCCUGCAUUGUUUGACGUAUGUGGAACCUGUGAUCGUCUGGGCCGCCUGCGCUGCGCUGAAGGCAGCCAUGGGAUUGGUUGGUUUUGCUUAAGUGGGUUUAGACUGCAUGUGUUACUGGAGGAAACUGUACAAACAAUUGACCUGCGCAAAUUACUGACACUCACUCUCUCUAACAGUGCUGGCUCUAUGGUGUUGUUGUGGAGAGGUGGACCCCUGCAUUUACUAGCUGAUCGUAGGCCUCAUUUAGUGGGCUGGCAGACCUGCAUUCAACAGAAAUCUGGUGCUGGAGAUCAGUCACUAUACCAACAGCAGCUCACUGAGGUCGGGGUCCCUGUGACCAUUGAACGCUGCCUGGACCAUGUGACACGCUGUGGACUGUUGUCUUCAGGAAUCUACCGGAAGAGUGGCACUAAUUCUCACAUUACGAGACUACUGGAGAGGUUUCAAAGUGAUGCACGAAGUGUUACAUGGAGUGAGUCAGACUAUUCUGUGGAUGAUGUAGCGAACACACUAAAACGAUUUCUCAGGGAGGUCAAGGACGGAGUGUUUAACGGACAACAGAACAGUGAGAGUUGGCUCAAAGCUGCAGGUCUAGAGGACGCAAGUGAGAGGCUUAAAACAUACCAGAUUCUCCUCUCAAACCUACCAGAUGUCAACAGAGAAACACUCAGAGUCCUCAUACACCACCUGCUUUGUGUGCAGCACCUCUCUGAUGAAAAUCACAUGACAAUACGGAAUCUUGGUAUCGUAUUAGGUCCAACGCUCUUUCAGACAGAUGGAACCGAUACCAAACCAUCUCAGGUGGUGGAGGAACUAAUCCAAAACUAUUGCAGUGUUUUUAAUGUCUCGGAGUCUGACAUUCAGAGGCAACUCAAAAUGAUUUCUGUCAUCCUGAAUAAACACAAAUCUCAGAGGACCAUGAAUCGAACUCCAUCGAGCACCAUUUGUGGUGUUUACCUGCAGGAGAUAAAAGAGGGGGCGGAGGUGCUCAUUCAGGUUGGGGUGGAUAUGACAGCAGUCAAGUUGGUUUCUAUGGUUUUGGAGCUUAAAGGAAUUCAACAGACAGAUGAAGAGUUCUGGAGCUGCUAUGAGAUUCUAGAGAGUGAGGAAAUGGAGCGAACUCUACAUCACCAGGAAAAGGUGCUGCCACUCUAUUUCUCAAUUGGUACACACUGCCACCUGCUGAUCAAGAAGAAUCAGUAUGUCACCAGCAUCAUGAGGUACCUGGAGCAUAAGGAGAAUGUGAGUAAGUGUGGCCUGCUGCGCGUUUGUGAGGUUAAAAGUGAACGUAGCCGUAGUUUCUGCAAUCGUCACUGUGAGCUUUCUGGCACCACUUUCAGACUGCACAGAGAACUACAGGGUUCUCAGUGUGAGAAGGAGUGGCCAGUCAAAGAGCUGAGGGUCUACAAUGGUUACCGGAGCAAACUGCAUUCACCCACACUGUGGGGACUAACACUGGUGCAUGACAGUCAGCAGUGGUAUCUGUGCUGUGAGAAUGAAGAUGAGCUGAUUGAGUGGACAGCCACUUUUUUCAGCAUUCAGCAUAAUGGUGACAUCUAUCCCCCUCUACUGGUGAAGCAACCUCAAUGCAGUUGAUGAGUUGGAUAACAGCCAUCACCAGUUUUUUACCUCAUGAAGUUGUAAUUUGAAAAUCAUUUAUAUCACACUAUAUAGGAAAGUACAGAAAUAUAUGUCUGUCUGCCUGUCUCUCUGUCAUCUAUCUAUCCAUCUAUCCAUCUAUCUAUCUAUCUAUCUAUCUAUCUAUCUAUCUAUCUAUCUAUCUAUCUAUCUAUCUAUCUAUCUAUCUAUCUAUCUAUCUUGCAUCCAUCCAUUUAUCCUGCCUGCCUACCUGUCUGUCUGUCUGUCUGUCUGUCUCUCUGUCCACAGUAAAUAACUAAUUACUCUGAUUUCUAAACUUUUCUAACACUUCAAAGUGACAAGGAGAGAAUGCUUCAAACUUGAUUGUAUUCAUUGUAUUAGGAGUUUUUUUUUUCAAAGAGUGUAACUGUUUGAUUCUCCACACCCACUGCGCUCUGUUAUCAUAUCAUUCAUAUCAUUCACUCUCUCACUUCUAAUAUACUUUUGUUCUCAACUUCAUCAUAAUAGUUUCUUUUAUGUAUGUGAUACAAUUGAUGACGGAUUUUAUGUUGUCAUCUUAAUGAGACGCACCUUUCCAAAACAAUCUGUAAUCCAUGCUUUGUACGCUUUGUGUUUGCGCUUUGUACACUCAGAAGAUACAUAUUUUUUCAUGUGAAGAAAUUGA